AUGGGGGAUGAACAACUGCUGUACAAAAGCUACGCAAGGCACGCGUGUCAAAAGAAGACAGGUGUGGCCAUGGAGCAAGCUGAACCUAACCCGAACGCUACUAUCAGCCUCAACUUUGCUGCAAUCUACGAUCUCCACAGCGGCGAUUUAACCUCCUUUCGCAACUUCUCCUUCCCGCUCGGUUUCAAUUACAGUGACUACGACCUGCCGCUGGACAGCGAAGAUGACGUGACCAAAACCCGCACCUUCUUUGCGGCCAAGGUCGUGAUUGGGGUGGCUCUGGUUGGCAUCAUGCUGGUCUGUGGCAUCGGCAACUUCAUCUUCAUUGCUGCUCUUGCACGCUACAAGAAGCUGCGAAACCUCACUAACCUGCUGAUUGCCAACCUGGCCAUCUCAGACUUCAUUGUGGCCAUCGUCUGCUGCCCCUUUGAGAUGGACUACUACGUGGUGAGGCAGCUGUCCUGGGAGCACGGCCACGUCCUCUGCGCCUCCGUCAACUACCUACGGACUGUCUCCCUCUAUGUUUCUACCAAUGCUCUCCUGGCUAUAGCUGUUGACAGGUAUCUGGCUAUUGUCCACCCACUGAAACCACGCAUGAAUUACCAAACAGCAACCUUCCUGAUCGCCUUGGUCUGGAUCAUCUCCAUACUUGUAGCAAUCCCAUCAGCCUACUUUGCUACCGUAACGGUGCUGUUUAUGGUAAAAAACCAGAAGAAAAAUUUCUGUGGUCAAAUUUGGCUAGUUGACCAGCAGAUGUACUACAAAUCAUACUUCCUCUUCAUCUUUGGCAUUGAAUUCGUUGCGCCUGUGAUCACGAUGACCUUGUGUUACGCCAGGAUCUCUCGGGAGCUUUGGUUCAAAGCCGUGCCAGGAUUUCAGACUGAUCAGAUCAGAAAGAGGCUUCGAUGCAGAAGGAAAACUGUGAUGGUACUGAUGUGCAUCCUGAUUGCCUACGUCCUCUGCUGGGCACCUUUCUAUGGCUUCACAAUUGUCCGUGACUUUUUCCCCACCGUCCUCGUGAAGGAGAAGCAUUACCUUACUGCUUUUUACAUUGUCGAAUGCAUUGCCAUGAGUAACAGCAUGAUCAACACCAUGUGUUUUGUAACUGUGAAAAAUAAUACCAUGAAGUAUUUCAAGAAGAUCAUGUUGCUCAGGUGGAGGUCAACAUACAAUGGAAGCAAAUCGAGCACAGAUUUAGACCUGAGAACAAACGCAGUGCCAGUCACAGAGGAGGUAGAGUGCAUAAAACUGAAAUAA